UCCUGCGGAGGAUGUUAAAAGUGUAUAUUUUUCAUAUUUUUGGUUAGUCUAUGAAAAACCGGAACAUUCAGUAAACAUGUGCGCAAUGGUAUCGGCAACUAAGCAUGAAGAGAUGCACUUGUAGAGCAACUGUCCCGCGCUAUCUUGUCUUAACUCUUUCUUCUCUCUCUUUCUGAUAAACAUACCUCUUCACUUAGUCGAGGAGUUCCAUGUCUAUGGAAUCCGCGAGGAACAGUCAUAUUUUUUAGUUUUGCUUACCAAUUGCCAUCGUAUGAAUGUAUAUAUUUUCUAGUUAAAAUUUUAUGUUAUACGUGCGAAUACGUGCGGAAUUCACGAUGUGCCUGGAUUAAGUGAUUCAUUUUGCCAGAUACUUAUUUACGACAGAAGUGAAAAGACCUCAUCCAAGAUGGGAGAUGACUCCAGUGAGAAACCACCGGAUAGAAUCUCAAAACCGUUGAUGGCAGCGGUGGCUAGCUAUGCAUGCCAGUUCCAACUUGGUGCUAUCCUUGGCCAGUCCUCCAACAUGUUGCCUCAACUCCAAGCUGCGGACAGCCCAAUACAGAUCGACUAUGAUUCUGCUACUUGGAUUGCUAGCAUGGAUGUUCUGGGCACACCUAUCUCCUGUCUUCUGUGUGGCCCAUUGACCGAUAAAAUGGGACGAAAAGCAACAAUAAGGCUAUUUCUGUUAUUAUCAGCCGUAGGACAUGCUAUUGUCGGAGUUGCUUCAGACGUUACAGAAAUUUUGAUUGGAAGAUUUUGUCUCGGCAUAGCUGCAGGUUUCGCGUUCCCAUCGAUCGUCUACAUCUCGGAGAUCAGCUCGGUGGAGCACCGGACCCCUCUUCUGGCCAUCAACACCAUUUCCUCGUCCUUCGGGCUUCUGUACGUCUUCAUCGUGGGCGCCUUCAUCAGCUGGGACAUCAUCUCCCUGAUGACGUCCCUCAUCUCGGUCAUCAGCCUCGUCUACGCCUUCUUCAUCCCGGAGUCCCCGGCGUGGCUCUUCCAGAACCACCGGCUCAACGACGCCAUCGACAGCAUCAAGUGGCUCAAAGGCGACGACUGCGACAUGACCCAGGAGCUGAAGCAACUCAAAGACGCCUGCACCGAGGAGCCCAAAGGCACCGGGACCAUCUUCCGACACUUCACCGGCGUCACCGUCGUCAAGCCCUUCUUCAUCCUCCUCGUCUUCGCCUUCCUCCAGAACGGAACCGGUUUCUACAUCCUCCUUCACUAUUCCAUCAACUUCAUUUCCGAGUUCAAGAUCGACUUCGACCCCCGCUAUAUCUCCAUCGGUCUUGCCGUGGUCCGACUCUCGGUUUGUAUCAUGGCUUCGUACUUUUUGUCGCGGGUCAACCGGAAAACGGCCGGUAUGGUUUCCGGCACGGGUAUGGUUGUCGUUCUCGGCGGUACGCUCGUCGCUAUGUAUUUCAUGAUGGGCGAUGCGACUAUGUCAACCGGUUACUCCGUCAUCGUGACCGUGGGUUUGUUGGCGUUUAUUUUCGUCUGCGGCCUGGGAGCCCACCCCUUGCCGUGGAUCAUGAUCUACGAGCUGUACCCGCUCCAUGUUCGCGGCACCAUGUGUGGGGUCAGCAACGCCAUCAAUUACGUUUUCAUCUUCAUUUUCAUCAAAAUGUACUAUGUGCUCAUUUUGAAUCUCCAGAUCCACGGGACUGUCAUCCUUUUCGCGGCCUUUUCGGCUGCUUUCGCCGCCUACUCGUUCUUGAUUUUGCCCGAGACGCAAGGGAAGAGCCUCGUCGAGAUAGAGCAGGGUUUCCUCCCGAAGAAACAACGGCAAAAUGGGAGUGCGUGAGUGUGGCUUUAACUGUAACCCAAUGAUACGGGCCCACGAGAAUUCGUGAAUAGAGACUUGUAAUUUGGCACACAAAGAAAUUAAGGAAGACCUCUGUCGAAGGAAAAAAGGCGUAUUUAAAAAAGGGUGAGUUGGGCGAGUCAUAGGAUUAAUUUGACGCUUGCCCUCUUCAUUAACAAACAAAUAUUAAGAUCUGUCCAAACUUUUUAUACUCGAUAUUACAGGAAUUAUCGUGUGUAUAAAUUCAUAAACAGUAACUAAGGUGUAUGACACAACCCGCCGAAGUGCGUACCAUGCCGUGGUUCUUUUUACCUUGGUUUAAUAAAUCAGGAGUGAAGAAAAGUUGCACUGAUGAGAUCGGGGCGGAAGGAACAUAAUGCAUGAAACACCAAUACAGGAGGUGUACAUGAGUCCAGAGAAAAAAUA